UGUGACCUCGACCUAUCAUAUCUUGUGUGAAGAAGAAGAAGAAGAUACGACACAAAUUAUUGUUUUGUAUGAUAUAAUUGAUUAUUGGAUCGAAGCACAAUGUAAAGACCUUGAGAACGAAGGGAUAGAGGUAGCUGUCCGGAUCAGCGUCUUCGUGGGUUGCUGCCAAGAUUUUAAUUUAAAAAAAGGUGAAUGUUUUUCAAUUAGUGAGCCAGCCUCCUUCCCGUGCCUCUACACAAUUAUUGCAACGUACAGGAUGAAGGGGCACUGGUCUGGAUCCCAUCGUGGGGGCAACAAUUCAUCUUUGUACCUACCGAUUCACGCCAAGUUCCCGGUGCGUAUCCUAUUCCUUAUCAUCAUCGCUCUACUGGCAGGAAUACUGAUUACCGUCUGGAAUGUCUACCAGUUACGUGCUAUGCAGGAGUCCCACAUGACUGGCUUCCACUCAAAGGUAGAAGCAGUUGGCGGGAGUGAUACCUCCAAACCGGUGUAUUGGAUCCACGCCAAAAGGCUUGAGUCUGGUUACCUGGACCACAUCAUAAGAGUCUUUGAGCGUAUUGGCUACAGCCGAGGGGGACCAGACUCAGAAUGGGAUGUGUUAUGGACUCAUGAUUAUCCGUUUACUGAGUUAUCAAUGGCUAUUGAAAGAAUGGAGAAACAUCAAAAGUUGAACCAUUUUCCAGGGAUGGGUUUUAUCACACAGAAGGUACAGCUGGCCACAUCGAACGUAGAGUUUGUUCCAAGAGCCUACAAAAUGCCACAAGAAAAGGAUCAGUUCUUAGCAGAGGCUUCAGAGAACAAGGAGAAACUUUGGGUGCAGAAAAGUAACGCACAUCGAGGCAUCAAAGUCAAACCAGUAGCAGAAUUGGACCUGAAUGCAGCCAACAGUUUCAUCCAGGAGUUUGUACGUAAUCCAUUUUUAAUUGAUGGUCGCAAGUUUGAUAUUGGGAUCUAUACCGUGGUUACGUCCAUUAAUCCUCUACGUGUGUACAUCGUUGAUGAUGAAACACUGGUCCGCUUCUGCGGCAAAGAUUACCUUCCUGAGGAUUUCAACGAUGUAAAUAAGUACGUGGUGACGGACGACUACACACCAAUGUGGCUGAUGCCAUCUUUUGAAAAGUUGUUCAAUCAGCAACAUUUCUCCUUCAAAGAAUCACUGAAUUCCUACAUAAGAUCAAAAGGAAUGGAUUCAUCCAAAAUCAACUCACAAGUCUAUAGUGCAAUUCGAAGUGUGUUUCUUAACAAACAUCCACAGCUUUUAAAAGCUCUCAACAAAUAUCAACAUAAAAAUGUAUUUUUUGAGUUGAUGCGGUUUGAUUUUGUUUUGGAUGAGUUCCUCAAUCUGUAUCUAAUGGAGGUCAACAUGUCGCCUAAUCUUUCUUCCAAUCACUUCAUGCCAAACAAGUUUUUAUACGAACACGUCAUCUUUAACAUCUUGAGUGUAGCUGGUGUAGCAAGAAAUGUUCCACGCAGCCUAAAAAAAGGUCCAGAGGAUGCCAGAACAAUGGAAGUGAGUGAGAAGGAUAUUCUGGUUAAAUCAGACGUCUGUGGCAGCUCACAGUGCAUAACAUGUGUCUCAAGUGAAUGCCAGCUUUGUUUCAAGUGCCUAGUUCCAGAUCAGAUUGCAAUGUUGAAAGAGUCGUACUAUGAGCAUAUUCAUCGCCAAAGUACUAGAAGAGUCUACCCCGAACCCAUGUCACAGGACGAAGCGUUACAUUACGAUACCACCAAAGAUUCAUCGCUGACCCCAAACGAUCGGGUUCUGAGAGAAUGGUUCAGAGCGAGAUGCCGUGAGGACAUCUACUGGUGUACGUAACACAGAGAAAUCUACUGGUGCACAUAACAUAGCGACAUCUACAGGUGCACGCAACACAGGGACCUCUACUGGUGCCGUAAAAUAGAUGCAUCUUCUGAUGCAUAUAAAACAGAGGCCGAGUUGUGUAUAGAGAUUCACAACAACGGGAGAGCAUGUGAAACCAGAAGGCAUUGCAGCUGAAGACAAUCAGAUAAGUUUUUAAACUUUUGUAUUAAUAGUACUGGUUUUUCUAUAAAGAAAGUUUAUUCUACAGGUUUCCAGAGAACCUGAAUCUUGUCUGAUACUUUGCUAAUUGCCUUUGUGCCACAUGAAAUGUUCCAGUAGAUAUUGAAACUUCCCACAUAGGUGCCUUUUCCUAAGGGAAACAAGGAGGAAGUAUUAAGCCUGCCUGCUUGAAAUUGGGUCAGGAUCUAAAGAGAUCCUUUUUAGAUCUACAAUAUUCUGUGUGUUCUGUUUGUGUGUGCCGCUUGUUAUUAGUACACUUUUUAUUGCAAAUAACCAAUGAGUACGUUCCACAGACACUUGUAGAAAGAAAGCGUUUUAAACCAAGAAUGUGCACAGAUAUCUGAGCAACUUUUAAAUACAAUUUUUUUAAAUGAGAAGAGCUCUUUUAAAGUAUACAAAUUCCCUUCACUUUUCAAAUGAAAAUGCAGUCAUUAUUUAUGCAGGACGAUUACAAAACACACUGAAAUAUUUAUAGUAAAUGAGUCAAAAAUUUACAUUGGAUUCCAACUCUUAUUUGGUGACAUUUUAAUAUUUUGAUCAUGUCAUUGCUUAUGGCUUGAAGCAAUUACAAAUCAAGUUUAAGACCUCUGUUGACCCUAUUAGUACUCUCGGGGGAAGCCUUAUGAAUUGGAGAUAAUUGCUUUAUUACAGAACUUUUUUAAAACGUAGCUUUCAGGCGAGCCACUUUUUUAACCCUAUUUUAAUGAAUUUAAAGAACCACAGACUAAAUGUCCAUUGUUAGUACUUGGUUGGAAUAGAGAUUGUUAAAUUCCUCUAGUUUUCAUGGUUUGGUGACAUGCUUAGGGCAGUCAAAAGUUUCAACAAUUUCCCGAUCGUACAGAGAGUACUACUUUUGAAGACCUUGUUCCUUCCUCCCCCAAAGUCAACAUUUGUCUUUCAAAAUUGGUGCAUAUUAUCUAAAUAUCAACAUUUUACCAUAUUUUUAAAGUCGAACGUUCUCUGAACAAAUUGGAAAACCUACCCCUGUGUUAUUAUUUUGUAUGACUGUGAAAUUGUUGAAAAUUUUUGAAGGUCUUUUUAUUGAAGUACUAUGGGUUUUAUAGGAUGGUAGGUAAUUAGCCAAUUCCAUGAAAUUUAUGCCAACUACAUUCAUGCGUGCAUACAGACACUGUUGGUUGACAAACGCCAAAGACUUGUCCACACGAUAGACGUAUAACAGCAUUUGCGUCACGCUACCAUCGGCAUAUACAACAACAAGGCAGGGUGUUCCCUCAUUUUGCACAACGAUAGUGUUAGUAUGUACGCAUGAUGUGUAAUUGACAUAACAUAGGAAGGGUCUGUCCUUUUGGAACUUUUUCAUUGUAAAAUGGAAGGAAAAGAAACAGUAUUGCAGAGUAGGAUAAUUUUUUUAUGAAAAUCCUAUUUUUUAGUCAUUUUAAAAAUCAUUCUGAUGGUUUUGAAUGAUAGUUUUAGUCUGCCAGCCUGCAAUGUUUUUUUUAUAUAUUAUGUUGUAAAUGCUUUGAGGUUUUUUGUUUAGACUUUGUUUUUUAACGUACAUGUAGUACGGUCAGAGAUAUAUAUGUGCUGCUGAAAAGAUGCAAUGAUAAGGGAUCCAAAAAGGCUGAUUAAUUUAACAAUUACUUAUCCUGUUAUAGGGACAGGCAUAUCCCCAUACUGUGAUUUGGGCACUGCCUGGUGAUCAGUCAUGAUUCUGUAUCCUUUUCUUUCAUUCUGUGCAUUCUUAAUGUCAUGUAUUUUUGAACAUUUUUAUGUAAGUGGCGCAAUAUAUGUUCAAUUGUUAUCAAUUAUUAGUAAAUGUUCUGCACAUAAAUCCCAGUUAGGUGCACAAUUGUACAAUACAUUUUAUGAUGGAAUGGUUUUGGCAAAUGUAAAUGAAGAGUAGGAAGUUUUUUAAAUUCAUGUAUUUCUGAUUUUAACAUGUUUUAUUGAUUGUAUAGCUCUACCCAUAAGUCCUCAAAUGUUUAAUGGAGCGUUGGAAAUGUUGUCUCAGGAAGACAGAAUCAUUGCCAACGAGAUAUAACUGAAAUUAUUCAUGAUUAUCAACAAUAAUGUUAUCAGUAUUAGUUAUUAUUAAUUUUUUAAGCAGAAAUAUAACAAUAGUGAGACUAGAAGUGUGUUACAAACAAGGUUUUCUCAAUCUGUGUGCACAAAUUACAUGUAUGUUAGAGAUAACUUGUCAAUGUGGUAAAAGUGGUUUAGCUUGAGGCUGUAUUCUCGAAUUUGAAUAAAUUAUGAGCCUUACAUUUUUGUCAAAAAUUUGCUCAAAUUUAUAGUCUUUAGCCUUGUGUACUGAGCAAUUUUUGCUUGGAAAAGCGACAAGGCUCCUUGUGUACUAGCUUAGCCUCGUGUACUUAGCGAUUUAUGCUUGAAAAGUCACAAAGCAAUUUUUGCUUAGCAAUUUUUACUUAGCAAUUUCUGCUAUAUAGCCUUGGGUACUUAGCAAUUUCUGCUUGAAAAAGUCACAAGUCUUACACUUAGCAAUUUUUGCUUGAAA